AUGGCGAUUAUUGCCUUCUAUCAUCUGUGGUUGAUGCCUUUGGCUACCCAGAACUUAGUAUGCCUCACACUAGCGACCAUCUUCAUCUCAUCGCACGCGGCGUUCCACCAGGGCCUCUACGACUCCUUCCCAGACCACGAUCAUUCCUGGACUGGGCACGAUGAUCACCUCGAGUUCGCGUCCUCCGAACGUUUGCCAUCCUACUCCAGUUUCUCUCAUCUGAAGAAACGACACCCAGACUUCGGUAGCACCUCCUAUGAGUCACCCAAAGAGUGGUUCUCGCCGUCCAUCAAGAAAGAACCAAGGGAAGACAAGAGCUUCAAGAAAGUGGUGUCGCCGUUUUACACGAUCACCGAGAAGGACUCCCAGAAGUACAAAGACAUCGUGCUGAAAUCUGGAGUGCCGUACUGUCAGGAGACCAAGACCAAGCGAUCGUUCAAAGGUAAGAACGCGAAGGACAGUCUGGUCUGCUACAAAUGCAGGAACCCGAAGAACGGCGCCACCUACGAGCAAUGCUCUUACGUCUCUCAGCCGCUGGCCGAGUCCAGUAAUGUCGAAGAGGUCGCGACGAUGCCUUCAGUCUUCAGAAGCAGACGUUCGAACUCGGACGAAGCGUUGGCAAGCUUCGAGAAUAGCGACUACAAAAACCGCGACAAUCCUUACAGGUUCAGUGAGAAGCUCUUCUCAGACGCCACUGAUGAGGUUCCAGCAGAGUACAGGAAGAAGGACGAGGAGUGUGAGAAGGUUGUGAAGGACACCAUGGUCUGCAUGGUCUGCAGGGACAAGAAGAGCAACGGCAAGUACGAGCAAUGCUCCUACGUCAGCCGACCCACAGAGAAGAAAUACGCUUACAGCAAGUCCACCUUGUUCAAGAACCCAGAGCGCAGUGACAAAGAGAAGGAAGACACUAGGAAAUCGGAUAGAGAGUACUCCGAGGAAAGCAAGCCUGUCAGGGAGAUUUCGAGCUCAGAGAAAGAAGAGCCAGAGAAGCAUCACGAGGAAGCUAAAGAGUCCAGCAACUGCAAGAAAGUAGAAAAGGACUCGAAGACCUGCACCGUUUGCAAGGACCCUGAAACCGGGACCAAUUCCGAGAAGUGUUCGUACGCCUAUCAGCCGGACGAUAAGGUUUACAAGUACAGCAGGUCCAAGAGUUUCGGAAACAGCCAGCCUAAAAGUUCCUCCAAGGGCAGUCCAGGUUACUCUGACUACACCGAGAAGUCAAGGCCUGAGGGUUACAGUAGAGAUUAUUCAUUUCCUGAAAGCUUCUACGAAAAACCUUCUGGGUCCAGUUAUUUCAAGGACAAAGGACCCAGAUCUAGCUACCGGCAAGCCGAUUCAGGAGACUCGAAAUCAACCGAAGAGCCUUCUGGCUACGAUAGGUCCAAAUCUGAGUCGGAGAGAAUCGCAGAAACAAUCGAGCCGAGCAAGUGCAAGGAGGUCCAGAAGGAUUCCAUGACCUGUAAGGUGUGUACGGACCCGAAGACAGGAAGUAACUCGGAGCAGUGCUCGUACAAGUACCAGCCGAACGAGAAGAACUUCGCGUACAGCAAGUCGAGAUCGUUUGGAGGCCCGACGAAGGCGGAAGACAGGUCCUACGAUGGGUCUGAGAAGAAGGAGACACGUGAACCUUCUUACAGUUUCUCGCCAGAUAAGGGACGCUACAGUGCCGACAGCGACGCCAAGCAGUCUUACGGCGAAACUAAACGGGCCCACAGCGCCGACAGCGACGCCAAGCGGCCAUAUCGAGAAUUCCCGUCGAGCAGCGAGACAAAAUCCGAAUCAAAAGAGGAACCAACCACCAAAUCCCCGUCGAAAGUAGACGAUCGUUUCUACGACGCGUUCAAACAGAAGGCAGAGAUCCAGAAGUACCUGCAAGAUUUCCAGAAGGAGGAUCGAUCGAAAUGCAAGAAACUGAUGAGGGACAAGAUGACUUGCUACGAGUGCGUAGACGAGAAAGGCUUCCGACAGGAGGAGUGUGCGUUCGUUACAUCUGAGUCAGACCCUGAGAAGUCGGAAGAGAAUGAGUCGAAAGAGGAACCUGAACCUGGCAAAAAGGUCACCAGGUCGCCUAUCAUUGAUAAACGCGUGGAUGACUUUGCUCUGGACUCGGACGCUUCCGCCAGCGAGGACGUUCAAGUCAGACGAGAUAAACCGGCACAAAACUCCAAGGAGGAAUCUAAGGAAGUGGAACCGUACGAAUACGUGUCCGAAACCAGGCCUGUGUUCGAUAAGGUGUUGGGGUUCACCCUUCCAGCGUACAUGCUCGACACUUCCGAACAGGAGCAGGAGUUCGACAAGACCGUGUGGUCCGAUAGAUUGUAA